CGAAUGGACUGGCUCGCCGACGUGGCUGCCGUCGUCGGACUAGGCUGGUACGCCGUGCUCUGGGCUCUGGGCUUGCUGGGGUGCAGGACAGCGCGGUCACGCUAUCGCACCCGGCCGCGCUCCCCGCUCGCAUCCUCCAGCGAUGCUCCGGGUGUGUCCAUCUUGCGUCCCCUCAAGGGUCUCGACACGAAUCUAUACGAAAACAUAGAAUCCACUUUCAUUCAGGAAUACCCCAAUUUUGAAAUACUCCUCUCCGUCGCCGAUGAGCGUGACCAGGCCCUCGUCAUCGUGCGGGAUCUCAUUGCCAAAUACCCCCACGUCAACGCUAGAAUCAUCAUCGGUGAAGAAACCGUCGGAGUCAAUCCGAAAGUAAACAACCUCGUUCGCUCGUAUCGGGAGGCCGCUCAUGAUAUCCUCUGGGUCAUCGAUUCUAACAUUUCCGUCGCACCCGGCACUCUUGCCCGUUCAGUCGACAUCCUCACCCGUAGCCCAUCCCAAAACUCGUCUGGCAAACGCGUUGCCCUCGUUCAUCACGUGCCGUUCGCAAUUGUUCAUGAAAAUUGUCUAGGUGCCGCCGUCGAACAAGCUUUCUUGAACACUAAUCAUGCUAAGAUGUAUCUCGCCAUAAACACUGUCGCCAUCGAGUCCUGCGUCGUAGGUAAAUCCAACUUGUACCGUCGCUCCGACUUGGAACGCGUUGAUGGCUCGCUAAAGCCGAAAACCGUCAACGGUGAUUCACUCGCAGGCGAACAUGGCCUGCCUGCUUUUGCACCCUUUCUAGCCGAGGAUAACAUGAUUGCCAGCGCCCUUUGGCACGAGCUCGAUCUCCGUCACGACCUUUCCUGCGACACUGCCAACAAUGCAAUCGGCAGGAUGUCCCUCGCAGACUACGUCUGGCGUCGAGUCCGUUGGAUACGUGUCCGAAAACACAUGGUCCUUGCAGCCACCAUCGCUGAACCAUUCACAGAGUGCUUCGUCGUCAGUUCGAUAGCAGCCGCCAGCUUGCGCCAUCUUUUCGCCAUCUCCCCCUGGGCCUUCUUCCCAAUUCAUCUCAUCGCCUGGCUGUGGAUCGACUUUGACGUAUAUGAGUCCCUUGCCGGGCAUCCAGUUCCUUCCGGGAAACGCGCAUGGCAGUUCAUGAGUGCCUGGUUCAUUCGAGAAUUUUUGGCACUGCCAAUAUUCCUUGUGGCCAUAUUCGGAAAUGAAGUGGUAUGGCGCGGCGAGAAGUAUCGAGUUAUGCAGGCAGGCCGGGUUACAAGUACUCGUCGCCGCGUUUCCUACCCGAGGGAAUGGCUGUGGUGGACGGCAAAGGCGGAUCUUACCAAUGAGUAUGAACCUCUACCAACGGAUCAACUCAUUUGAAAAUGCAAUACCUCUUUUUUAUGAACCAGGUUCUACAGUAUCGUGAUUAAGCGUGAAUUAUGAAUGAUACACAUGGAUGGUGCAGUAAUUAGGAUGUACAGAAAAGAACCUCGAUGUAUACUUACAAAAGAUGACUGAAUGCUCAUGUCAAGCGUGGGGGUGCAUGUGUCGUGUCCGUGGUGCUAAUGUUAGAACUGUGGAGAGCCGCUCUCGCCUCAUCCUGACUGAGUUUAGCCAGAAGCCGAAAGUUGUGGAUCAUGAC